AUGAGUGCGUACAAGACUCAGCGAGGACCGAUUCGGACGGCGUUCACGAAGGCCAUCACCGAGUUGACAACGGAACUUGAUAAGGAAGAACCAGACGGGACGAUUCUACAGCAGCUCGCGUUGCGGUUAGAGGGUCAUCAUAGCAAGCUCCUACAAGUGAAUGAUGAGGUCGAGGAGGCGUUGUUGAAGGCCGGGGACACCACAGCAGAGGAAUUUGCAUCGGAAUAUGCGUCGGUUGUCGAAUAUAAAGAAAAGUUCACGGAUGUCAAUAUCAGACUGAAGGAAGUGAUGGAGGAAGAAGAAACGUCCGAGGCGUCAAGUAGUGGUAGCAGCAAAUCCAAGUCGAAGAUAAGGCUACCAAAGUUGGAGUUCAAGAAGUAUGGAGGGGAUCCGAGAGAGUGGCUAAGCUUCUGGGGACAGUUUAAGAGUAUUCAUGAGAACGAGUCAAUGUCACCAGAAGAAAAGUUCCAGUACUUGUGUCAAGCCACCACGGAUAAUUCGAGAGCGAGAGCUAUUGUUGGUAGUUAUCCUCCUACUGCUGAGAACUAUCCUAAAGUGAUCGAAAGUUUGAGAAGUCGAUUUGGACGUGAUGAAAUCCUUAUCGAAGUUUAUGUGCGUGAUUUGUUGAGCCUAGUGCUGGGCAAUGUGUCAAAGAAAGGAGUCUCUAUUUCAGUGCUGUACGAUAAGUUGGAAACUCAGUUACGAGCUUUAGAGUCAUCAGGAGUGACUAGUGAUAAGUAUGCGGCCAUGUUGUUCCCGUUGGUGGAGUCGUCAUUACCAGAGGACAUGCUGAGGAUUUGGGAGAGAAGUCGCCAGAAGAGCAAAGAAGAGCAGGUGAACCGUCUUUCUCAUUUGAUGGAAUUUCUAGAAUGGAGUCGAGGUGGAAAGUGA